AUUAUUUACAAAUGGCGGUCAAGUGAGACACUUUCACGUCACUAACACUUUCACUUUCGCGAAAAGGAGGAUGAAGAGCAGUAAAUAAGGAUAAAAGUCACACAAGCGAUGUCAGUUCUUCAGAAAAAAUGUGAUGUACACACACAGCAAAAGGAAAUACACCAAAAUGGGAAGACGUAAGGUGUAUUUGAGUUGGGCCAAUAGCAUCCUUCGUGAUGCUGGCCAGGAAAUGCGAGAUAUUGGGGAAAUACAACAAGGGGAAGUUUUGUGUCAGCUGAUUGAUAAUCUGGACAGUACUGCUGGACUUGUCCGCCAACAACAGUUGAAAGGUUGCGAUGAACCGGGAGAAUACAUCCAAGCGGCCAUUAAUCAUAUGCGUGAAAAUGGAAUUAAGGUUUCCUUCGGCACUCAAGAUCUUUUGGACAAGGAUGUGAAGUCUAUGCUUGAUGCCCUCUGGCUGAUCAUCUUGAACUACUGUAUCCACCCAAUAGAACGUGGAGUGUUCCAAAGAAGUGUUGGAAUUGCAAAGAAAUACAUCCUUGAAUGGUGUCAAGGGCAACUAGAGGCCGACUUUGACCCCAGAAACACCCUUGCUUACAACUUAUGCACAGGGGAUUGGUUCAUCAAACUUCUACAGAAACAUACGGGGAUUUCGAGUCUGCCACAAGAGGAAAAAGCCGAUCAGGUGAAAACUUUACUGGAAGCUGCAGAUGAAAAGUUAUCAAUAGAGCAAGGAAUCGUCAAUCCUUCGGAGGUUGUCGAUGGAACCAUUGAUGAGCAUACAUUGAUGAUAUAUAUCUCUCUGCUUCAGAGAAAGGUAGGAGGUAAUGAAAAUGUUCAAAAUGGGGAUCACCGCCCAGAUAUCUCAGAGCAGGGAUUAGUUCAGACUUCUGACUUGCAUCGCAUUCCAAAUGGCCACACAGAUGAUGACCAAUUGAGUGCGUAUUCUGGUUCGAUUUCUGCAACUUCAGGAUACAGUCCCAGCGACUCAGAUCGAAAAGAUCGUUACAUCGAUCGGAGGUCACCAAGUCACGACAGAUCAACUACCUCAGGUUAUAGUGGUAUAUCCGGUCAGAGUGACUCUGAUCGACGAGAGCGUGGAAGUGAGCGCUUGACAGACAGUUUCGAUAGAAAACAAAGAAAAUUCAGUCCAGGAAGUCCGGGUUUGCAACGUCCACGCAGUCAUCGAAUCAUCAUGGCAGAAACCAAGGGAAAACUUGAUGCAGAACAAAGAAAGAAGGAAAGAGAGGAAGCAGAAAGACAAAGACAAGAGGAGGACGAGAGACGAAGAAAAGCAAGACUUGAAAUGAGCAUGAGCCGCGACAUGGGCGGAAAUCCUGGAAAUAGAGUAUCUGGUGGCGAGGAGAGAAGGAUAGGAGAAGGAAUUUCGUCUUUAGGAGGAAGUUCUUUUGGAGGACAACCUCAAAUGACUGGCACAAAUCCCCAGUUUUUUUCCGGAAUGGGUGGUGUUCCGAUCUUUGUGAUGCCUGGUCAGGGCCCCCAGGCCAUGUUACUGCUGCAGGCCCUUCAACAGGCACGCCAGGAAGCAAACUACCACGAUCAAGACAAAUAUGUUUCCUCGGAACAGACUCUACCAAAGCUGCACACCUUGUUGGACUUGGAUGGUGUUGACGAGUAUAGUCCAAUUAUAACUGCAAAUGGAGGAGAAUCACUAGAAUAUAUUAAGGAAUCACCAGCAAAGGUGUCAGGUUUUGAAUCCCCAAGGAGGGAAUCCCCAAGGAGGGAAUCGCCAAGGAGGGAAUCCCCAAGGAGGGAAUCCCCAAGAAGAGAGUCUCCAAGAAGGGAAUCACCCAGAAGAGAGUCCCCGAGGAGGGAGUCUCCCAGAAGGGAAUCCCCAGGAAGGCAAUCCCCAAAAAGAGCUGGAUCACCUGAAUUCAGGCCAAGUAAGCGAGGAAUUCUAGAGGUCGUAAACGAUCCACUUGAGUUCAAAGGGGAAGCUCUUGAUUUAUCUACAACUGGUAGUGAGGCAGAACAGAGGCGAUUCCCUCGCGUUGAUUUAACCGAGCCUGUUAAGGCCAUAAGAGAAAGAGAGAAAAAUUCUCCAAGGGAUCGAAGUCGGAGUAAAUCGCCUCGUGAAAGGAGAUCGCUUACGCCUGGAACUUCAGACAAUGAAGACAUGACAGACAGAUCUCAGGAAGAGGAAACAACCCCCAAAUCUAUACUUAGAAAUAAACUUUCUAGUCCAGAGCGAGCUAGUCGAAAAGACAAGACCAUUUCUGGUGGCACUUUUGAAAAACUCCGACCCGAUCGUUCUCCAUCUUGUGGAAGAAGAUCUAGUCCAGAUAGAUCAAGUCGUGAGCAGUCUUCCGGAGAAAGAUCUCCGGCUUAUCCACUCUCUGAUGGAGAGGAAGCGUCCGGCAGGAGGGAUAAUUCUCCUGGAAGGAGCACAAACACCUUGGAUCCAAACAAGCGACUAGUUCGGGUUUUGAACAGGGAACUUGAACUUUUGCGGUUAAAAAUGGAUGUCCUCGAACGUGCAAAUAUGUCGGAGGAUACUGACUUGGAGAAUCUUGAAAGUGUUACAACACAAUUGUCAGAGAAAGUGAAAGAAACUCUUAGUAAAGCCACAUCUUCUCCCAGGAGGCGACAGUCACCUGAAUCCCACAGGGGGCGCAAGUCGCCAGAUUACGAUCGUGGACGAAUGUUUCUCAAGAAAGGAAGCUUCUCUCCACCUCGAUCUCAUUCAGACAAUAGGCCUAGUCGAAGGAGUCGGUCUCCAGAGCAAACCCUGGAUAGCCCACGGUCCCAUAGUGUUGGCGACAAGAUUCAAGAGGAUCUGGACGGACAAAUGACAUUUUCCCCACGUGGAAAGCCUAUCAGUCUUGGAUACUCAAGUCCCAUAAGAAAUGUCUCGGAAGAAAUCUGGGGAGUUGACCUUUCAGACCUGGACGCAGGUUUUGAUCCAGAUAGGACAAGGAAAUGGAAAAAGUUGGCUUCCAUGGAUCACGUUACCGAUCGGGAUGCUGUUCAGUUGAAACAAGGUCUGGCGUCGGCUGUUUCAGAGAUUGACAUUCUUCAAGCCAAAUUAAAAAAUGCUAAUGCUGAAAUACAGACAAAAAUGUCGAGAACAAGUGAUGUUUUAAAUGACUGUCGUUCUCACUUAGGAAAGUCUCAGGCAGAAAAUAUGGAAUUACGCACACAACUUGAGAAAGAACGCACGCGAAAUGAUACCUUAGAAAAUCGUAUACGUGACGUUGAUGGGACUCUUCAUGCUGCAAAAUCAGCCAAUGAUGAUUUGGAGGCGGAGCUAGAGCAAACAAGAGGGCUCCUUAAGGGGGCCAGUAAAAAAGAUAUUCCUACGCUGCAAUCCCUGACGGAAGAGAGGGAUCAACUUCUAGGGGUGUUGGCUGGUACACAGAAGGAAAACACUAGACUAGGACAGACUGUUGAUCAAAAUAAGAAACGUAUUCGGAAGGGACAGACAACAGUCAACGACCUCCGUGGAAUCCUGGACGAGGCAAUCAAGGAGCGACGUCAACUUUACGAUGAAAUCAAACGACUGCAGACAGAAGGUCAACUAUCUCAGGUCUCUGGAAUUAUCGGAAAGUACAUGGAGAAGGGUCUUUACGAAAUAGAGGAGCGACAACAACACUUGAAUGGCUACAUCACGAGAAGCAGAUCUAAUUCUGAUAUUUCCCAACCUUCUGCGUCAGAUCUACAAGAAGAAGAGGUUCCAAGACCCGUUUCACCUAAUCCUGUACGUCGUUCUGUGUCCCCAGCAAAUGUCAGCAAACAGUCAUACCCUAAACGUUCCACAUCUCCUCCUUCAAGAUUAUAUCCAGAUUCGGUAGAACGUGUCAGGAAGUUGCACGGUCUUGCUCCGGUGCGUGUCACCAGCAAUCCCAAUAAAUCCUCUAGUUUAAACAUGUCUGGUAUUUCAUCAAUCCAUCCAGGCGACGAUGAAAUUGACGAUGAGUAUGAUUACGAGGAUAUUUCCCCAUCUGUACCAUCAAACUUUCGUGAAAUAUAUCCUCAUCGACGAUCUCGUUCGUAUAGGAAUAAUUUUUCAUCGUCAGCGGAAUCUGAUGGCAGACGGUCACCAUCUGACUAUGAUGACAUGGAAGUUCAGAAAUUAAUGGCCGAACAACAACAGCCAAUCGGAAGGCUCGAUUUCGACAAAGAUUUGGAUGACACUUAUCUUACACGAGCUCCAAAGAAAGAUUUUCAUCAUCAUAGAUCGCGUAGCCCAGGUCGGAGCAAAAGUCCCGGAGCGAUGGAUAUUUCAGAAAUCAGGGAUCAUUGUCAGCCAGUGAGGAGAAGACUCAAUUACAACAGUCCGAAACAUAAUACAGGGGGCGACACUAGCAACAAAAUGUACCUAGCCAAACAUGAUGGGCGAGAGCUCAUAGAAAGUCUCAUAGAAUCGCCAGUAGAUAAUCGAUUCCGGGACGUUUCCCCAAGGGACACAACUCCGCCUGCGAGGAGUUCCAAGUUAGAUGUUGAUGUGAACAAUAGUAACAAGAUUUUCAUUGAAGCGUUGAACAGUGCAGUACAACAGGAAAAUGGAAAACGUUAUUUUGACGAUUUUGAUAUCGAGUCUCCCAAAUCUCCAAUGGAUACUAGAAACACAAUAUUAUCAUCUGAUUUGGGUCAGGAAAAACAGCGACAGAGACCGUAUAGUCCAGGUUUAAAAAGUAUUCUGAAGAGCACAAAAGGUGAACAGAAUCUGAGCAUAAAGGAAAGCUCCCCACAGCGUAACCGUUCCUUCUAUUCGCGCUCCAUUUCUCCUGUCCGGUCACCAAGGUCAGUAUCACCAAGAUCACCAAGGUCAAGGUCACCCAAGAACUCCAGCAUUGGUAAGCCUGUCUUUGGUGGUGGAGCACCAAAACAAAUUCCCUCAGAUCGCUACUUUGAUGACAGACUUUCUUCACCGAGACGUUUCAUGUCGCCAUCAACACAGUACCACCACAAUCCACUGUCCCCAAGUUUUCGGAUGAGCUGCAGUUCACGAGUGAAGUGACCGACAUGUGUGUAUUUAGUGGAUCCGAUUCGGACCAAGACUAGGGCGUAGGGGAAUCCACAUUCUUCAUUUUCACCAGGGAAUUCCCAUUUUUCAUUUCAUCAGGGAAUCCCAAUUCUCCUUUUCAUCAGGAAAUUCCAUUUUCCAUUUAAUCAAGAAAUUCCCAUUCUCUAUUUCAUGAUGGAAUUCCCGUUCUACGUUUCAUCAGGGAAUUUUCAUUCUUCAUUUCAUCAGGGAAUCCACUUUUCAUGAUUUCUGAUUAUACCGAUGAAAUAUAUAUUUCAUCAGGGAUAUCCUUCUUCCCAUCUCAUCACAGGAAUUCCUAACCCAGAAGAGAUAUCCCUAUUUCGUCAAGGAAAUCUUUGUUUUAUCAGGGAAUCUCCAUUACACAAGGAAAUCCUAAUUUGACCAGGAGACGCUUCAAAGGAGUCCUUUACUUAUACAAUGGAAUUCCAGUAUUAGAUAGAAGGACUUUCAAUCAAUUUUUGUGAAGACUGUGAUAUUUGAAAGCUGUCUCAAUUUUUUUUUUAAAUAUUUGUAUCUCCAAUUAAAUUUCUUUCAGACACCAGUUUAACAUUAAUAAGAUUUUAGAGAAUAAGUGUUUAGCAUUCGUUUUUCUCAAUAUUGGUAUUGAAACUAUGUUUGUUUGUUUUUAAGACAUACAAGUGAAACAUGACAAAAAAUUACCUUGUAGGUAUUAUUGAUAGAACAUAUCCUCAUUUUUGUCACAUUUGGUCAUGAUUAUUAAAUUUAAAUGUUGUAAAAAAAAUAUUUACAUGCUUAUCAAAACUGUGAUUUAAUUAGGUGAUAAAGUCUUGUGAUAACAUAUCUAUCAAGUAAAACUGCUAGAAAGAUAUAUUUUCUUUAGAAACACACUUCUAUGAUAAAUAGAAUACAGGAAUGUAGGAAUUUAUAUUGGAUAAAUUAUACAUACAAUGAAACCUGUCUGAUUGCCCAUCCAGAGGCAAACAAUGUUUUGGUUGAAUAAGACAGGUUGUCAUAAUACACAGGCCUCAUGUGAUAGUUUGAAAAUUAAUUUAAUUAAAUUCUUUAUUUGUUUAACAAGGAUUACGAACAGCCCAAGGGCUACUAGUCGCUUUCCUCACAUUUAACAAACAAGUGAGCGGUACAACGGUUUGAAAAUUAAAAGGGAUUACAGUUGUUCAUCGAAUAUAACACAGUGUUAGACUUCCCAAGGGACAGAUAAGACAGGUUUCACUGUAUAUCAUCGUUAGUAAUUUAUUCAUGAUUUCCCAAAGGCUGUGAGAUUUUGUGAUUAUCAUUAAUUAAGAUCACAUCAUUAUAGUUUGCUAUUUCAUGAAAUAAAUCUUGUUCUGGUGUUUUCAACAUUGGUGCUCAGCGUUUUGUCGGUGAACCUAUCAGCUGAUGUAAUCAUUGUCCAUUCACAUGUGGUGGCUGGUUUCAUCAAUAUACAGUAAAACCUUGUUAUACUGCCAUCAGUCGUCCAGGGAAAUUACGGCAUUAUAAAGGGGUUUGGUGAUAAAUUAGGGAAAUGUAUAAAGGAUUUCAUGGGAAAAUUUAAAAAAAGGCGGCAUCGAAAUAUGUUGGCGGUAAGCAAGGUGGCAAAUGAAACGAAGGGCAUUAUAUCGAGGUCUUACUGUAUCUUGUAAGGUAAAGGGUGCCAUUAAGUUUCAUUAUUUUGUUCAAGUCAUUUACUGUUUAGCUUGGGUUGCAACUAAGAAAUUAUUAAUGCAUAACACAAAAUAGGUGACAAAUAUCUUGACAAGGGAAGUUACUCUAAUCCAGAAAUACUCUUUCUUGUUACUUAGUUAAUCAUCUAUGAAAAUACAGCCGUGAAGUGGUGAUUGUAACUGUUGCAGAUGUUCAAUUUACCUUAAUUGAAGAAUUAUCGUUUUUGAAUUAAUUCCCUUAUGGAAAAGAUUUGUUAAUUAAUCCGUCCAUAUUUAAACAAACUUUGUUUAGCUUCGUUUUUGUUUUGUUUUUUAAUUUUAAAUCCGUCCAUAAAAGUUAUUUAGUUAACUUCACUUUUGUGAAUUUUAUCCUUAAUAAAAAAAUGUACAUUGUAAUGAAAUUGAAUUUUGAUAAUAUUAUAACAUCAUAAAUUACCUGGUGUUGAAUUUUUGGGAUAUUUAUGGAAGAUCUAAUACAUUUUAAUUAACUUAAAUCUUAGUAUUUUGAAAAUGUAUUGAAUUUUGAAAUCUUCAUUUGUAAUAGCAUAUUUAUGAUAAAUACAGACAGUAAUACAUUUUUAUCAACUUUAUAAUAUUUCACCUAUCGUAGUACCAACAAUUCAAUUCAAGUUAGAAAUGUAUCAGAUAUUGAAUUCUUUUAGUUUAUAUAAAUAUUCAAAUUAUGCAAAAUGAAAAAAUCAUUAUCAUUAUCAUAUUUACAGUUUCAUUCUGAAUGUAGAGAUAUUCAUUUUUCACAUUGCAUCUGUUGAUUAUAUGUUAUUUAUUUUGUUUUCAAAUUUUAUACAUUUGUAUCACGAGUCAUAAUAAUCAGUUUCUAGUUCAAUAUACACAUGUAAGUAUUUUAAGUGACUGCUAUACUGUAUUGAUUUUUUAUUUGAUUUAGGGUAAAUGAUUUGAACUUAAUUUUAUGUGUACUCACAUUUCGCAUGCUAUUAAACAAUGAUUACCAAACUAUUUCUUACAUGAAAUAAUAAAGUGAAAAAGGGAUAUCAUUACAGAGAUGUGCCAUGAGUUAAAGAAAAAUAGAUCAUGCAUAUUAAAACGGUAUAUAUUAUUUAUCCUAAGUUUAUUUAUUUUCAUUCAAAGUAUCACUUAAGUGAUAGAAUUUUAUUUUUCUUGUAUCUGUAGAUACUGUUCCACUAGUUUAACUCGAUGUAGCAUUAUUAUUUUUGUUAUUUCUUAAUCAUUUAAUGACAAAAUAUAUAUGUGUCAUAUUCAAAAAUAAAUAAUUUUCAUAAAAAGUUGCUAGGAAGAAAAUCAGAAAUGUUGUUUCGUAUUAAAAAAAAAAAACGCUGAAAAUACAGGUCUAUCUAUAGACAAAAUGUUUUUUCAUAUAUGUUCAAGUAUUAUUCAUACAAGUUUAAGUAUACAUUGUAUUAUAAAUACUAUUUAAGUUGUGAUAAUAUCAUUAUUUCACAUUGUUUGAGAGUCGAGAACUGUUACUAGUUUUAAGUGCUAGAUUGUAUAUAGCCAUUGUGGCUGUCUUGCCCAUAUUAUACAUUAUAAGUCAUUAAUCUUUGUAAAUCAUGCAUAUUAUCUGUAAUUUUUUAUAAUUUAUUUGUAUGUUUUUUUUCAUAAUUUUCUAACAUAUACUGACUUUUUAGUCGUAGAACCAAGUGAGUUAACAAAGACUGUGAUAAAACAAUGUAUUUUCAAAACUUUAUCAAAUUUUACUGUAUUUCCUCCUCACGAUUGAUCUAAACUUGGUAUGUCCGAAAUUUCGGAAACGUCUCUAUAAUAAUCGUGCAAUAAGCCCAGGGAGAUAAGAUCAUAUUAGGAAAUUUAUUAUUUGAGGCCAAUGAAUAGGAGGGAUGGGCUUAUUACCAGGCAUUGGCUUAUUGCUGGACAUUGGCUUAUUGUGCGAUAAAUAGCCAUUACAGUAUAAUUUAGAUUAAAGAUUGUUUUUAUUGCCUAUUUAAGCAUUUGUUCAUUUCUUAGUUUAGAAUGUAUGCAAAUGAUGUAGAAUGACCUGACCUGAUUGGUUCAAGGUCAUUCGGUUGUUAUAGGUAAUGAUGACUUGAUGCUUGUAUCAAGGUCAUUGGAAGAUUGCUUCAUUCAAUCCAAGGUCACAUUUGUAACCAUGAGUAUUCUUUUAUAUGCAAAUCAUUUAGAAUUCAAUCAAAUUAGAUCAAGCUCAUUUGCAUUUGUUGCCAUAGCGAUUGAACUUUCCAUUGUCAUAGUACUAGAUGCUAGUGUCAAGGCCAUAAUUUAUUUAUGUACAGGUUAAGGUCACUUAUUCAUCAGACAAUAGUACAAGAUGUUAAUUAAGGUUGUUAGUCAUGGUGAAUAUUAUACUUAUAUUUUGGCUAUCACUUGAAAACUAGGUUAGGGUCAAGGUCAUUUAUUUAUUUUUUUGACGAAUGCUUGAUGUCAACUUUGUUUCAGAGUGAUGAUGUCUUGUUAAAAGAUAGAGUAAAAGUAAAUGUGCACAUCUUUGUUAUUGAAUGUGUCGGCUAGUUUUGACUGUAUAUUGUAUAACUGUAUGAAGAAAAUAAUGCAUGUUGACAUCGAUCUAUCGUUGACUUAUACUGAUACUUGUAUGGAAAAAUAUUGCAUGUUGGCAUCUUACAGUAUGGGUUUUAUUGCAUUCUGAAACAUACAUUAAAAGCAUACAGGAAUAAUUGUUAUUCCGGAUUUUUAAGAAGACAAGAAAAUUAAUUUUUAGUUAUCUCCCCUGCUUGUCUUUACAAUAUUCAGUUGAGAUCUUAAACUCUUAAUAGUAUUUAUUUCUUGCAUGAUUAGGAGUUAAUAUGACAUGUAACACUAUCAUGUUCUGUAGAAAAAAAUAGAUGAUGAUAUAUAUUAAGAAUUUAAUGUUUCAACAAAAAAAGAGAGAGAAAAAAUUAUUGGUCAACAUAAUUUUAGGAAGCUGAAUAUUACGUAUUAAUUUCAUUGACAAGAGAAGGAAAUCAAAAAUUUCAAUUUGAAAAAAUAGCCAACAAUCCAGUGAUAUAGGUGUAACAAGAAAAUACAGUGUAUAUGAAUGCAAUUAAACAGUAUUUGUUAAAUCAGUAUAUGUUUGUUAUAGUAUAUCUACUGGUACAUCUACAUGCACUUGCACAGUAUUGAAUGUUAUUGAUUAUAUAAAACAAAUAGAAGUUGAUGCAACAAUAAA